AUGGCGAUCAGCUGCACAGGGUAUAACAAGAAACCGGGUGCAAAGUCUGCCAGGUUCUCCCCUUUAUCUAUUGUGGGUGGCAAGGGCAUGUGCGACUACGCCAAAAGAACCACACAUUCGAUAUUCAGACUCGGUCAAUCUGAAGGUGACUACUAG